AUGUCCACCUGUACUUGGCCAAUGCCUUACCAAAAGAAGAAUAUGCUCGAAGAGGCAAAAUCUCACUAUAUUGAAGCCUUGUCCAUCUUCAACGAAGAGAAUUCCAACAGAAAUAUGGAAAGUUGCCUAAAAGCUACAAUGGCCUUAGGUAAAAUCCUUUCACAAUCAGACACAAGCAGUGAGGUACAAUCACAUGUGCCAAGGUUUAUCUGCUUCCGUCCUAAACCACCAAGUGUAAACGAAGUCGAGGAGAAGAUGUCCAUAAACGAUUCUGAGUCCUCUGGUGCCUCUGAGUUUGAUAGAAGAAAUGUCGUAAACUCGAAACUUCUAUCUGCUCCAAAUGGUAUUGUGAGGUUAAAGGACACAGGUUGUGCCAAAACAGGUUUUGCUAUGGAAGUAACACGAAAUGUGUCCGCAGGAGAUAUAUUGCUGAUUGAAAAACCAUGUGCCAUGAGUACAUGGAAUUCGCGCAUUAAGUACUGCUACUGCUGUUGCAAAAGAUGUCACAAUCUUAAACCCUGUUCCGGCUGCCCACAUGUGGGUUUUUGCAGUGUAGAAUGCGAACAGAGUGCAAAGAAUGUCGAAUUGUCAGAAGAUGGGAAUAAACACAUUUACGAUUGUCAGAGUCGUUGUCCUUUCAUUAUUUUCAAUGACACAUGCGAACUGACACAUUUGGCCUUCAACUGUCUCUCGAAGAUCCCACCAAAUAAACUUCUGGACUACAUCUGUUCUACUGAUUCUUACACUAAAGGAAACGGUCAUCAGGCCUUCCAACAAACAGCCGUGACUCAACGUGUUCCCCCAACAGUUUUCGAUCCUUCUGAUUACUCAUCAAUCGCUUUUCUAUUCACUGGUCCAGAAAAACGUCUAACUGGUUAUCUGCUGGAAUUAACUAUAGCUGCUGUUUUAUAA